AUGUCCGUGUUAGAUCUAGAAAAUAAUAAUUUCAAGGGCACAAUUCCAAAUAUAUUUGGGAAGAUGAAUUCUCUAGAAACAUUGAAAUUAGGCCUCAAUGGGCUAAAAGGGAACAUACCAUCAUCCCUUGUAAAUUGUACUUCUUUGGAAAUCUUCGAUCUCAGGAAUAACAAUAUUCGUGGGGGCAUUCCUACUUGGAUUGACAACCUGAAAAGGCUUCAUGUCUUAGUGUUAAAAUCUAACAAAUUUGUUGGCCAGAUACCCACAAAAUUAUCAAAUUUGCAAAAUCUCCAGAUAUUGGAUAUGUCAAGCAACAAAUUUUCAGGCGUUAUUCCCAAUGGCUUUAUGAACUUGAGUGCAAUGGCAAAUCAGACAGAAAAUACAGAAACUAUUGAAUUGAAUUUUACAAAUAUUGGUUACAGGGACUAUAUAGAUACUAUAAUCAUUAGGAACAAAGGACAGAAUCUGGAGUAUGGGAGAAUUUUGAGAUUAGUAAAAUGCCUAGAUCUAUCAGACAACAAUUUAUCAGGCAAAAUACCUUGGGAUAUUCAAUCCCUCAAAGGAUUGCUAAUUCUCAAUGUUUCAAGAAAUUAUUUCAGCGGUAAGAUUCCAAAAUCUUUGGGAAGCAUGCUACAACUACAAUCACUUGAUCUUUCUAGAAAUGAACUGUUUGGAACACUUCCAUCUGAGCUGCAACAUCUCACAUAUUUGAGCUACUUUAAUGUGUCUCAUAAUAACCUAUCAGGAAGGAUACCACAAGGAGGACAAAUGAUGACAUUUGAUUCCUCAUCAUUUUCCAACAAUUCAGAUCUAUGUGGCCUACAAAUGAAUGUGUCAUGCUCAAGAAAUCAUCCUAUGUCUCCCAACGAUGAUGAAAAAAACAAAAAUGUAUUAGACAAAGAUAUAUGGUGGGACGUGGGAAUAGGAAUGGGAAAUGCAUUUGGAUUUUCAAUUCUGAUUUGGGUGUUGUGUUUCAGCAAAUCUUGGAGUGCAAAAUGCUUCAAAGUCAUGGAUGACAUUAUUGACUUCCUUUUUCAAGCUUUCAUGAAACAAUUGUGUAAUAUAAGAUAA